AUGAAUUAUUUAUCACUUUCCUUUUCAGAUAAAUAAAUAGAAAGUCGAUAUUAAAAUCGAAAGAAAGAACUGUCAUAGUAGUUAUUAAAACUUUAGUAAGGAUUAGUUAUAUUGAUACUUCUGUAUGUGAUGAUAUCAAGUGCAUAUAAAUAAAGUUGGAUUUCACUUUGUAUUUGUGGAAUAGGUUUGAUACUACUUAUAAUCAGUGUGAAACUAAAUAUUGAUGGAUAGGAGCAAUGUUAUCUCAAUAACACUAUUAUAAUCUUUAUGACAAUAUUUAAUUAUUAUAAAUCAUUACAAAAAAUAUUGAGUGUAACAUUUUAAUAAAUAAGUUACAUAGAUGGAUAUAUGUUAGCAUUGGCAACAACAUCAUGUAUUUUCCAUAUUAUUAUAGAGUGCUGAAUUAGGCAACUUUUAUGUAAAAAUGUUUCAUCCAUAUUUCGAUUUACAUUUUAUUACAAAUCUUUUAGCCAAAUUUAAAAGAAGAAAUAUGGGAAUAAAUGAUUAUAUUUUUGGUUUAUUUAACACUUCAUCUCAUUUAUCUUUAUAAAACUGAAUAAAUAUCUAGAUAAGAAUAUAUGUAAUUGAUAAAACAUUAAAAUGCCGAGAAAUAAUUGAUAAAUUAAAGUGGAAUAACCUUAUAUAUAGUUAGUUAUAAAAGAGAAAAAAAUUAAAUGUUUCUAAGCAAAUAUAAUGAUUAAGACAAUGUCACAAUUAAGUAAUAGUCUUAAUUUAUUUCUUAAAUAAGAAAUAUGAAAGUUCUUAUAAAGGAUUAAGAAUCUCAAACACAUUUUAAAUCUUAAGGAGAGAUAUAUUAAGAUGCUAAGAUGAGUUUGGAGAAGUUUUUGUUCUAUUUUCUUAUUAAUCCUGAAAAGCUUAAGGAUUAUAUGAAUAGAUUCUAAAUUGAUUCUUUGAUUAAAUUGUAAGGAGUAUAAAACUAAGAAAAUUAUAAUAUAUCAAUAUUCAAGUAUUUUGGAGAAGUGCCAAGUGCCAUUAUUUUAAUAUCUUAAAAUAAAAAGGAUGUUUUUAUUGAAGAACUUAAAUUGAGAUAUAAAAUAUUUCAAUAAGCUUUGGAAACAAUUAAUGAAAUAUUUCAAUCCUAAGUUAAAAUGAGUUUGAUCUACUUCAAAGGCUUAGACAAAUAUCAAAAAGUUAAAUAUAAUAAAAUAGAUUUACGAAUGUAUAAGAAGGUACAAAGUAAAAUCUCAAAGGCAUAUAAUGAUUUUUAGAAUAUAAAAGAUUUUUUUAAUCUUAAUUCUUCUUUCUAAAGAUCUAUUAUUCAAAAAUUUAAUUUCAUUCAAUUCUUAGAAGAAAUUUUGAGUGAAAUAAAGUCUUAUUUUUAUUAGAGUAAGAAGUUCAAUUAUUCUAUAAUCAAUAAACUUAGAAAGGAUAUUGUUUUUUAGGAUUAAAAACAACUGAAAUAAUUAUUUCUCAAUCUUCUAUAUUAUUUAACUGAAUACAGUUAAGAAAUUGAAAUUAUAUUGGAACAAGCAGAAGUAAAUUCUAUAAAGAAAUAAUAUUUUCGCAUUAAAAUUUAAUUUCAAGGAUCAAGUUUCAGCAAAGAUGCAAUAAAAGGACUUCCAUUCAUAAAUCCAAUUACUCUAUCUGAAUUGAGACAUAAUGCUGAAUAAGUAUAUUAGCUAAAUCUACCAAUGGCAAUUCUUAUUGUGAGAAAAUUAGGACCAACAAAUUAAAUUUAUAUAAAAUAAAAUACGAAUGGUUACAGCAGCAUUGAAUUUUUCAUUUUCAGAGAACUUUCAGAAGAUUUCCAUCUCAUGCCUAUAUAAUCUCAACAUCCUAGUAAUUAUCUUUUAUUGAAUGCAAAAUCAUCAAUACAUUCCAAACAUGCAGCUUAUUUCGAUUUGCUUUCUUUGAGCCCAAGAAUUUAAUUGGAUAAUUUUAGUGAAUUAUGA